AUGGAGAAAACAACAAUGUCAAUUAUAGUAUUGGUGUUGCACCUUUUUGUCCUUCAUCUUCAGUAUUUAGAGGUCCACUCGCUUUCCAAGAAUCAUCCUCAUGAUUUUAGCUACCUGAAAUUUGUUUACAACGCCAGUGAUCCACAAUUGGAAGGAACAUAUGACUACAUUGUAGUUGGUGGAGGAACAUCAGGGUGUUCAUUGGCAGCAACUUUAUCAGAAAAGUACUCGGUGCUUGUUCUGGAAAGGGGCACUCUUCCUACAGCAUAUCCAAACCUGUUGACCACAGACGGGUUUGUAUAUAAUCUCCAACAAGAAGAUAACGGACAGACACCAGUUCAAAGGUUUGUGUCCGAAGAUGGUAUCGAUAAUGUACGAGGAAGGGUCCUCGGCGGCACGAGCAUGAUCAAUGCUGGCGUGUAUGCCAGAGCUAACAUUUCAUUCUAUAAUCAAUCAGGAAUUGAAUGGGACAUGGAUUUGGUUAAUAAGACAUAUAGGUGGAUUGAAGACACCAUUGUUGUCAGGCCGAAUUGGCAACAGUGGCAAGCUCUUGCAGGAGAUGGAUUGUUCGAGGCUGGUGUUUCUCCACGCAAUGGAUUCAGUUUGGAUCACAAACCAGGAGUUAGACUCACCGCCUCAACUUUCGACAAUAAUGGAACAAGACAUGCAGCUGAUGAACUGCUUAAUAAUGGAGACGCAAAUAACUUGCGAGUUGGAGUUCAUGCCACAGUAGAGAAGAUCAUCUUCUCGAACCGUAAUCAAUUAGGUAAGCCAGCAGCUGUAGGAGUCAAAUACAGUGAUGCUAACUUACAGUCUCAUCAGGCAUUUAUACACAGUAAGGGAGAAGUUAUAUUGAGUGCAGGAACUAUUGGGACCCCUCAACUUCUAUUACUCAGUGGUGUUGGCCCAGAGUCUAACUUAUCAUCUCUGAACAUCAAAGUUUAUCAUGACAAUCCUUAUGUUGGCCAGUAUGUGUAUGACAAUCCUCGUAAUUUCGUUAACAUUUUGCCGCCAAAGCCACUGAAACCCUCAUACGUAACGAAACUGGGCAUUACAGACGAUUUCUACCAAUGUUCUAUCUCAAUGUCGAAUUAUUCCACUCCACCCUUUAGUCUUUUUCCUAGUCCAUCUUAUCCCUUGCCACCUUCGACUUUCGCUCACAUUGUUAACAAAAUUCCAGGACCUCUGUCAUAUGGUUCUGUCACGUUACGAUCCAUUGAUGUGAGAGUUGCUCCAAAUAUCAAAUUCAACUACUUUUCAAAUCCGAUAGACCUUUCUCAUUGUGUUAGUGGUAUGAAAAAUAUUGGGAAUUUCCUAAGGACAGACAGUUUAAAACCAUAUCGAGCUAAUCCAGAUUUACCGGGCAUAGAUGGUUUCAAUUUCUUCGGAAUACCUUUGCCCAAAAACCAAUCAGAUGAUGCAUCUUUCGAAAAUUUUUGUCAGGAUGCUGUAGCCUCAUAUUGGCAUUACCAUGGUGGAUGCCUUGUUGGGAAGGUUGUUGAUGACGGUUUGCGUGUUAUGGGAAUCGACGCAUUACGCGUUGUUGAUGCCACUACAUUCCCUUCCAUGCCAGCAAGCCACCCUCAGGCUUCUAUAUGA